AUGCCAACCGAACCACCCACUGCUUUGGAGAAGUCGCGACACGGAAGCCGAGAGGGGUGUAAGGAGAGCAGACAGACCAGAGCGUCAUUUAGGGCGUCUGCGACUCAGUCUUCGAAAAACACAGAGGCGGAGAUCAGCAGACUUAAAGAGGUGAUAAACCAACUUCAGAAAAACAACAGGGCUGGUGAGAUGGAGGUGGGAGAUGAGUUCAGUGCCUCCUCAGAAUUAAGAUGGAGAAUCAACCAAAUUGAGAAAGAGAAACUUGACCUGACUUCAAAGUAUAAUAAGGAGGUGACUGAAUAUGAGGCUCAGGUUGCCAGGUUACGGGCGUUGGUGGAGCGAGGUGAGGCCCAGAGGCAGGGACUGGAGUAUGAGGUCGCUGUGGCGAGGAGAGAUGCAGCAGCCCAGGAAAACAGCGCAAAGAAAAAAAUUGCUGACCUCUACAAAGAGAACCAACAACUGCAGGUCCUCAACGCGGAGCUGCGCCAGAGGGCCUCCGAUCUUGAGAGAGCUCUUGAGAUCACUCAGCAGGCACGUGAGGAAGACCAGAAGGGCCUCCAGGCAGAGCUGCAUGAGAGGGACCGCAUGCUUCUCAGUGCCAAUGCAGAGAAUGACCAGCUCAUUGCAGAGAAGAGCCGUCUGGAGGCCCUGCUACAGGAGCAGGAUGAUACUCUGCAGGAGCUUAAGGAAAAGAUAGAGAGAGUGCAGAGGGAGAAAGAGAGAAAUGCAGAGAGUCUGAGACGACAGACAUCUGAACUCAGCUACAGCACAGAAAGAGAGGAGAGACUGAGGAGGGAGCUGGAGACAGCACUAAAGAGGGUGAAGAGUCUUGAGGAGAAUGUGGAGUCAGAGAGGGCUGCUCAUCUGGAGUCUAAAUUCAACUCUGAGAUCAUCCAGCUGCGUAUUCGGGACCUAGAGACAGCCCUGUCUGUGGAGAAGAGCAGCCAAGCAGAAGCUCUAUCCAGUUUAGAGCUGAUGAAAGAGAAGUUCAGAGACGUGGAGAAUGCAUACAUGCAUGAAAGAGACAACGCCAAAGACACACAAGACAAGCUCAUUCAAUUAGAGAAAGAAUACUUUAACACAAAGGCAGAGCUGAUUGGUCAGCUGGAAAAGGAGAGAGUGAUGUCAGCUGAGCUGUCAGUCAAACUCCAAGAACAGGAGAGGUUACAGGCAGAGAGUCAUCAGCAAGUCAGCCUGGCUCAGCAGAGACAUGCAGCAGUGGAGGAGGCAUAUGGGAACUGUAUAAAAGAACUGGAGCAGCUAGUCACCCAGUACCACCACCAAGGGGCGCCACAAACCCAGAACACAGGUUAAGAUGGAAAACAGAGCCUGUUUGCAACCAUAGACAUUCUUAGGAGAACACUGAGCCACUACCACAGCAGCCUUGACCAAACGAACAUCCAGGAAGUGCUGAAAACACAGGGAGAAGUGAAGGAGGAGAACAGAGAGAAAGAGAUCAUUAUCAGUGAACUGAGGAGAAACCUCCAGGAGUUGGAGGCUCGUGCUGUGUGUGGCAGUGAUGAGCUGAUGCGUCUGCGUGCGAGCGUUGCAGAUGCGGCAGCUGCUGCAGACAGAUGGCAGACGGAGGUGCGCACUGUUACUCAGCAGUGGGAGACAGAGAAAGAGCGCUGCACACUGGCAGAAAAACAAAUCAAAACACUCAAUCAGCAACAUGAGAGGAACUGCCAGGACAAGUUGACUUUCCUGCAUAGUCUAUACCAGCGUCUGGUGGCCGGCUGUGUCCUGGUGGCUCCACCACAGGGCCUGCUGGACAGUUUCUCCUGGACAGAGCUGUGUGCUGUGCUUCAGGAGCAUGUGGAUGCCCUGACCUCUGACCUCAAUGCAGCCAAACAAAAGAUCUCGUGUUUGGAAGGAGUGUGUGAGAGUAAGUCGACUGCGCUGCGAGACAUACAGCGAGCGCAUGAAGGAGCUGUUGAGAGUUUGAGCAUUCAGCUGAAGCAGAGAGAAGAGAACUGUGUUAAACAGAGAGAGGAACUGGACAAACAACACACAGAGCUAACCAACCAGCUCCGUCACAAAGCACAGGAGUGGAGGAGACAGUGUGAGCAGGCAGAGGAUCGCGUGGGCGUUUUGGAGCACGCCCGCUUCGAGCUGGAACAGGAGGUUGCACGACUCCAGAAGCUUCUCGGUGCCCGUCACCGUGACGACGCCUCUCUCCUGGCCGCCUGUGCCCUGCUGGCCGGCUGUGUGAGAGCACUCCACGGUCAAGUGUGUGAGCUAGCCCAGCAGAAGGCCGUGCUGCAGGAGUGUGUGUGUGUCGGGGAGGAUCUGCAGAGGGAAGUUGGCACCUUACUGCAGGCGCUCAGCGAUUCCAGAGUCAAAGGUCCGAAAGGCAACAUCUGGGCGUUUCGGCGUUGCGCAAUCGCGGUGUUAGCUGCGUUGCGAUUCCGGGCAUUGGGCAGGCGGUCAGAGGUGCUAUUUAGGGUGUGCCCAGGAUACCGGGGGCUGCCUGCAGUGAGCGUGCGCAGUGUUAAAUUAACCGAGCUCCGGGCUCAGAGGGACGGAGUGGAAGAGGAGGAGACGGGAGAUGUGAACAGCAGAGUACUGAAGCUGCUCUGUAACUCUGAGCUGUCAGUGCUCAUUCACAGCUGCACACAGGGAAUACAGCAGGAACUGGACAACACAGACCUAAGGUCAGGCUCUAGUACUCCAGCUGUGUUAGUGGCAGCACAGAGUAGCUUUGCCAAGCUGCUGGAGAAGCUGGUUGCCGUGGAGGACUUGGGUUGCCGAGGGCGCUAUGGUGAGAAGGGCUUAUUGGCACGGCGACUGGGCCAGGGCUUACAUAGGCUAAGAACCAAUCAGCAAAUUCCUCUCAGCAACUAUACAAGCAAGAGUAUGGUAGCAUCACUGCAGCAGCACAUUCUGGGGUUUACUCAGCGUUUACACUCAGCAGAGGUGGAGAGGCGCAAUCUUCGGCUUGAGGUUUCACACCUCAGACGCGCUGCUACACAGUCCAGGAAGGAGCACAGGGAACCAAAACACACUGGGUGUGUUCCUGCGGGGCAGUUUGAGGGUGUGCUGGCAGAGCUGAGCAGUGCCCUGCAGAGAGAGCAGCAGGCUCAGGCUCUCCUGCACGACCAGGCCACACAGCUACAGAAACUGGGCCUCACCAUGGAGCUCCGCUCUGGAGACGAACAAGAGAAAGAGAAAACACUAGCACAAGCUGUCAAGAGCCUCUCGGAGACACAGAUGGAGCUGCGGAGAAAGGAGCAGUCUUUGCGGUCGUUAGGGAAACACUUGACUCAGGCUCAGCAAGAGAAACAACAACUCCAGAGGAGCAUCAACAGUGCAGAGAACGCACUGCGAAUGGCCGCAAAGAGCAAAGACUCUUUAGCAAGCUAUAUGAAGUCUGUAGAGGGCAGUUUGAAAGAGGUUAAAGAUCGCAUUGUUCUCUCACGCACCACUUCAUCAUGGGAUGAUUUCACCCUCCAGCUACCCAAAAUGCACCUGGACAUGCCAGUCCCAGAGAGGAUCUUGGGAGGUCCAGAGGUGGCUGCCUGUCAGAGUCUUGUAUCAAGUUUUAUGGAGAUAUACCAGUUAGCCUGUUCGAGGCUGGCAUCGCUGGAGAGAGAGAUUUUGUCCCAUCAGACUCAUAUCACAGCCCUGAAGACUGAACUACACAACGCUUGUCUCAGAGAGAACCAGGCUUUUGUCCCUGUGAUUGGGUCAGCUGACUCAGAGACUUGCUCUGUGGAGGGUGAGGUGGAUUCUGGGACGCCGUCUGGCCCAGAUCUCACGGCUUCACCAAAAGAAGUCACUGUACAGACACAGGUCAUCCAGCCCAAUGCCUCAGCCUCCGUCCUCCUGAAAAAAAACAGAGGGCUGAAAAAGAGUCGCCCAAAGAGCGUCAGAAAAUAA